UUUUUUUUACUUUUUAAAUAUCUCCUUCGCCAGAAGGAAAAAUUUGAGGGCAAAAGUAAUUCGUCUCUUGGUAAUACGACGAAAGAGGCGCAGGUGCAUGUUGCAGCAGUGAAAGUAUCCGAGUGCAGCAACGAUCUAGCAUCUGUCAAUGCCCUCUUGCAUAGACAGUCUUACUCUAGCGGUGCCAUUUAGUAGGUAUCUGCGAUUUGUGAGAUACUCGUCGAAAGAGACAACGGAAUUAUCAUCAUCAGCAUCAUUUAUCAUCCUUGUUUUCGUCAUUGUGAAAAGAAGAAACUUUUUUUCUCAAAAAGAAUUUUUUUCAGUAAACACUUUUUAUAGAAUUUUUUGAGAAAAAAACAAAAAAAAAGGGGAGAGAAAGAAAAGAAAAAAAAAAGGAAAAGAAAAAAGAAGAGCUAAAGAAAAAAAGGCUUUAAGAUGUUGAGAAAAAAUCAACUUAUAGAAUUCCUAUUCGUCGUGAAUAUUAUGACGACAUUUUCAACGGAAUCAAGCCCCGAGUACGUGAAGCAAUGUUCCAGGAAAGAUCCUAAAUUAAAAAGUUGCCUGAUCGAUUCCCUUCAUCAUCUUAAACCUUAUUUAAAAGAUGGCAUACCAGAAAUUGAGUUACCUUCUGUGGAACCUUUUCGUAUGGAUGAGCUGACUCUCUCUCUGACAGGUGGUACAAACGGUUACAAGGUUCAAUUGCGAGAACUUUAUGUAAGGGGAGCGAGUAACUAUACAGUCGAGGACAUUCAACUAGGCUCACCCUUCGAAGCUGUCAUUAGAAUGCCAGCCCUUGUACUUGACGCUCAAUACACCAGUUCCGGUGUAUUGAUCAUUCUCCCAGCAAGUGGAAACGGUACCUUCCAUGCUCGUUUUGAUGACGUACGAGCCCUCGUGAAGGGUUUAGUAUCAACAAAAAUUCGUGACGAUAAAACUUAUUUAAACGUCGAAAAAUUAGACGUCGAGCUCGGUGUGAAAAACGUUAACAUGAGAGUAAGAAAGAUCUAUAGGAACAAUAGAAUAUUAACGGAGGCAACCAAUCUAUUCUUGCGAGAGAACGGACAGGAAGUUUUGAAAGCGAUGGAGCCACAACUGAAAAGGAAACUAUCAGUUCUAUUUGCAGGAAUUGUCAAUCAGCUGUUACGUCACGUGCCUGUCGAGACGUUCCUAUUACCCUGAGUCAAUCCUUUCGUUUUCUAAUAUUUUCUUUUACUUUUUCUUUUUUCUUUCGAGUUAUCUGUGUAAAAAAAAAAAAAAAAAAGAAAAAGAAAAAGAAAGAAAGAAAUUCAUAUUAUUUUAAAAAUAUCUUUUAAAAUCGUUUGACGUUUUCUAUUAGUGAAUCUCUAAUUAAUUGUUUCGAGAUUUUCCGAUUGAUUUUUUUGCAAACACGUAAAUAUAAA